UAAAAUGCACGACAACUGGACUAAAUCUUUUAAUUUAUUUGCUUAUCAUUUUUAUUACACGUUACAAUGGUAUACAAAAGCAAUAGUUUCCUUUUUUUUCCUUUAUUAUUUUGGUAGUUUAACUUAGGUUUUAAAUCGCCUUGAUAAUGCGUGGCCAGAAUUCUUUUCUAAUCGUAUAAAAUAUUCUUUGCUCUAAAUAAUAAUUUAAUAUCGUAUUGGAUAUUCUUUUUCCGAGUAUUUUGAAAUUGUUCGAUUUUUUGAUCGUUUAAUUGGAUUAAUACUAUAGGAUAAGGAGUUGUCGCUCACGUGCGCAUUUAUAUUUUCGAUUGAUUUUGAUAAACGCAUAUAACGUAUGGCGUAUAGUAAAGCAUUUUAUAAAGGUUCAAUCCUAUAUUUCAUUGAUAAAUUGAUUAUUAUUUUUGUUGGUGCAUGUUAUGUAAUUUAUGUUUUACCAUAAAAUAGAGCAGCCUUCCUUUUUUUUAGAAUCUUUCCAAAUUUACUGGACAACUGGCAGAAAGGUUUAGUUAGUUAGUCAUCGAAAAGCGGCGAGUGAGACAUUUAAGAUAAAUUGCUAUUUUCCUGAUUUCUUGUAAAAAAUUAUACAUAUUUGUGAUUUUGUAUGUAAAGCAAUUCAAAGCAACGAUCAUAACUGCAAAAAGUAAACGUUUUAUAAAAGUGAAGACAGACAUAUAUUUUAAAUAAAUUUUAUAUAUGUAUAUAUAUAUAUAUAUAGUCUACAAAAUAUGGAAAAUUUUAUGGACAUAGACAGCUGUAUGUUACACUUACAUAAAUGUGGGGAGAUUUUCUGUGAUACUUUGACGGCUUCAAAUGUAAAUUUGAGUUUUCAGUGCUCGUUUUGCCGGAAAACGUUUACCGACCUAAAUGUAUUCCUAAACCACCUACAAAGUACACACAAUAAGCCAUCCCAAACAACUGUAGAGUUUUCUUCUGACAAUAAUAAACGAACGGAUAAAGAGGAAAUCGAAAACACUGUUGCGGAAAAUGGACACAAUGGUAACGAAUGUGCAUUAAAAGCCAUAUCUUUACUGGAAUGUGGCUUGAAAAGCAACAAAAAAGUAGUGAAUAACGAGCAAAAACGUAAAGAAUUAUCAUCUAAGAAUGGAUCUGAUACGCAAUCUAAACUAAUUACGAAAAAACGUAAGCCACGAGAACACGAUUGUCCUCAUUGUUGUAAGAUGUUUAAAAGGAUGUGGGACCUAAAACAGCAUUUGCAUAUACAUGACGGUGUAAAACCGUAUGAGUGCGAUCACUGUCCCGCUUCCUUUGCCUGUAAAUCAAAUCUUAUAGUGCAUAUAAGGGUACACAAGGGAGAUAGACCCUUUAUGUGUCACUUUUGUACGCGGAGUUUUGUUUCCACAAGCGAACGAUAUGUCCACGAACGUUACCAUACCGGCGAGCGGCCUUAUGUUUGUGAGUUUUGUGGUAAAAGUUUCGCCACCUCGUCAUCGCUGAAGAGCCACUGCAGUAGUCAGCACUUAAAUGAACGAAAUUAUGUUUGUGAUAUAUGUAAUAAACGUUUUAAUAGACCGAGCCAGUUAAGAAUGCAUCAUACAAAUAUACAUACUGAAGCGCCGCGAACUCAUGUCUGCACGAUCUGUAAAGCCGCUUUUAAAGGGAAAGCCGUAUUAAAAGUGCAUAUGAAUACCCAUACUGAAGGACCACGCACUCAUAUUUGCACGAUCUGUAAAGCAGCCUUCAAAACAAAGACUGGAUUAAAAAUACAUUUUAAAAUUCAUAAAGAAAAAACUCAUGAAUGUUUAGAGUGUGGCAAAAAGUUUGCACAAAGUUGCGGUUUAUAUACGCAUCGAAAAACACAUCAAAAACAAAAAGAAAAACGUGCAUCGGCAGAUCAAUUAAAACAAGAUAUAUCUUGAAUGACGAUUAAAUCAUUUUACGACUAAUUAUACGACUAUUGCUCUCAACAAAUACAAUAAUGAUAAUGAUGUGAUGCAUUUUAGAAGAAGUAGAAAAUGUCUUCCAAAACAAAUCUAUUAGAUCGCUUUUUCUAUGAUACUCUACUAAAAGCUAGUGCUGAAUGACGAUGUCCCCAAAUCACAACCAACCAUAGUUUUUAUUGCCCAGAAAUUCAUGCAUUACAAACUUUAUCAGACAUAUUAGGUGCUUGCAGAAAUGUUGAUCAUUACUCAAAAUAGCUUCCAUCGUUUUCGACAACAUUUUACAACAUUUUUGGCAACAUGGCGAUAUCACGUCGAAAGAACUUUUAUUGGUUUGGCAGCGAUCCACUCACCGACCCAUUUUCGUACACUCUCCAAUUUCCUCAAAUAAACAUGAAUUUGGACGGAGAAGAAUUUCGAGCGCUCGACGUACACUCAAUAAAUCAAUAUAAUUAUAUGAAGAAGCCAUUUCUCUAUCAUUUUUACCUAUAGAAGUCGCUCACUAAAAUUUUAGUAAACACCUAAUAUAGUGUGUAUAUGCAUUUCAUCAGUUUACCUAAGGCCUAUGUUUUUUUUUCUGUGGAUGAAAUGACCAGAAUAUCAAAAACUGUCACAAGAACUUGAAUCUCAGUGCUUGGCUACAAAUCAUGCCGGAAAAUAAAUAUUAUUUGUCUACAAAUGCCAAUUAAAUUUACUGCCCUUAUCGGGACCAAGGCCGGCAAACUAACAUUUAUAUUUUUAUACAUUUUUUUUGGUACAUUUUUAAAAAACAGUCGGCAUAGAGAAGUGCGCUCAAGUGCCUUUACGAUUUUCUUAACACAUUUAGCUAUGAAGACAUACGACUGACAACUGCGUGUGUUCUCUUACAGGUAGGUGUUGAAGGCAAAAUAGAAAAAGUUUCACAAUUCGUUCGUAUUGAGUUAGUUUAAAGAAGAAACGAAUCAAACGCCAAUUUUCUAUGAAUUUGAAUAAGAAAAUCGAAGCAACGAAAUAAUCAUUUUCUGAUAGGAUUAUUACAAAUUCUAAGUAUUAGGUUAUUUUCUUAUUAUUUUGCGAUAUAAUGAAAUGUAAAGCUCUUAUGAAUUUUUUUUUUUAAUGAAAUGAAUGU